GGUAAAACCUCCCUCUGUACAUCUCUGAAUCUUUCUUUCUCCUUAGACAUCUCUGAGUGUCAGACCGGCUUACCAUCUCUCUAUUCUCUAUUCUCUCAGGUUCUUCUUUCCGUUGUGUCUGACAGUGUCAGCAUGAGUGCUUCACUGUGGACAGAGGAGCAGUUUAACUGCCCUGUGUGUCUGGAUCUCCCAAAUGAUCCAGUCACCAUCCCCUGUGGGCACAGCUACUGCAUGGCCUGCAUCAAGGACUACUGGAGCAAGGACGACCCUAAGGGGGUUUACAGCUGCCCCCAGUGCCGCCAGACCUUCUGCCCCAAGCCCUCCUUGUCCAGGAACACCAUGCUGGCUGAGGCUGUUGAGCAGCUACGCAAAGGGGCCCGUAAAGCUGACGUGCGUGAAUCUAUGAGAAGCGCCCGUGGGGGUGCCUCCUCCUCAUCCAGGCCCAAAAAGAAGCUCUCCUCCUCAGCAGUGCCAUGCGACAUGUGCAAAGGAGAACAGCGAGCAGCAAUCAAGAGCUGCCUGGUGUGUAUGAGCUCAUACUGCGAAGCCCACUUAAAGCCCCACCAGACGAAGAAGAGCCUGAAGCAGCACGAGCUAAUCGCACCAACAAGCAAUCUGGCUGAGAAGAUCUGCACCCAGCACAAGUACCUGCAGGAGUUUUACUGUCGCCAGUGUAAAAUGUUCGUCUGCUGGCUGUGCACCAGCAACCAGCACAAAGGCCAUGAGUGUGUGUCCACCAAGGCUGAGCGUGUGGAGAAACAGAAAGUGAUGUCUGAGAUGCAGGUGGAGAAUCAGCAGAGGCUGAAAGACAGAGAGCAGGAGCUGAAAGACAUGAAGAAGAUGAUGGAGGUGAUGAAGCGUUCCUCAGACAGGGUGCAUGACGACAUGGAGCAGGUGCUGUCGGAGCUGCAGCGCUCGGUGGAGCGUCUGCAGGAGCUGCUGGAGGAGGUGCUGGAUCAGGCCGGCCUGGAGAAGAUGGGCCAGGCUCAGGAGGUCAUUGACAGCCUGGAGGCUGAGAUCAAGGAGCUGAAGAAGAGGGAGACUGAGAUGAAAGACCUGGUGCGCUGUGAGGACAACAUCCACUACCUGGAGACAUACGAGUCCAUGUGUAGUCCUCUGGAGUGUGGGGACCUGCCCACUGUGGUGGUCAAUCCAGAAGCUUCCUUUGAACCUGCACGAGACGCCAUCCUGGACCUCAGGGAACGAGUCGAGGACCUGUGCAACCAGGAGCUGGGCAAGAUCACUAAGCAAGUCAACGACAUGACUCUGUUCACGUUGGGAGACUCCAGCAAGAGCGGAGGACAGAAAGGAGGGAUUUUUAAAUUGUUUUCUGGUCUGGGUUCUCGUAACACAAACAGCCGUCCGUCAGCUUCCACACCCAGUAUCUCAGUUGGAUCUCGGAGUACAGACAGACGAGGAAUUGGUACAGGCCUAAGAAGUCAAGAUGUGAGGAGCAGAGACACACCACGAGCGGACAGAGGCCACGCAAGCUCACCGAGACCACGGGAAAGACAGAGGAGAGAGGAAAGAGAGACAGUGAGGGAGAGCAACCCCAGACCCAGCCCGAGACCCAGCCCCACUCCCAGCCGCAGAGAGUCUCAGUCUCUUUGGAGCAGGUCCAGUCAGAGCCAGGCUAUCCCUGCUGCGGCCCCGACCCCGACUCCAAUCCAAGUCAACCCAACUCCUGCCCCAGCCCCUGCCCCAGCUCCUGCACCUGCUCCUACUCCUACUCCUGCACCAGCAUCAACUGGAGGGUCAGGUUUCAGUCGGAUGGCGUCAAUUAGCAGCCUCUUCCGCUCCCAUCGCCGUGGCACCACCCCGGCUACCCCAGUCAAUAACACACCCUCACCAGGAGGAAACCAAUGGGGGAUGACUUCUCUGCCUGAAACACCAACAGAAAUUAACCCUGGUCUCUUCUUGGACUUGCCCACCCCGACCACCAUGAAUCACUCUCCUGCUUUCCCUGGAUUGAGAGAGAUCAACAUCGACAGCAUCCAGGCCCCAGAGCCGAGGACCAGAGAGGAGUUCCUACAGAACUCUGUGACCCUGACUCUUGAUCCCAACACGGCCCACCGACGGCUGACUCUCUCCGACGGCAACACUAAAGCCACCCUGCAGGCGGCGGCGCAGCCCUACCCUGACACUCCCCAGCGUUUUGAUGGCUGGACCCAGGUGAUGUGUGCGAGCCCACUGUACGCCCAGCGCUGUUACUGGGAGGUGGAAUGGAGAGGCCGGGGCUCCUCUAUGGGUGUAGCCUAUGGUGCAUUGACCAGGAAGGGCUCAGACGCCCGGUCUGGGCUUGGCUACAAUGCCCAAUCCUGGACUUUGGAGCUGUCGGACACCUGCUGCUCAGCUAUGCACGACAACGAGAAGAAGGACAUACCGGUAACCUACUCCCCUCGCCUGGGUAUCUACCUGGACCUGUCCGUGGGCACGCUGUCAUUUUACAGCGUAGCAGAGAGCAUGACACACCUUCACACCUUCCGUGCUAACUUCACCCAGCCGCUUUAUGCUGCGUUUGGGGUGGGCAGUGGAGUCGGGGUGGGUCUGGACUUCGCCCUCGGCCAGUUCAGCUCCAGCUCUGACAGCAUCAAGAUUUGUCCCAUGUGAGGGUG